UCACACGUCUCUGGGUGGAAAGGGACAACUGUUGAGGAGGAGGAUCGAUCUGAACUUGAGUGCAGCGUUGGAGCGAGCUGUCAAUCAUGACAGAGAAACCCUCACUGAAUGGCGGCGAGGACGGGACAUGGCCGACUGAGAGUCGGUCUCAAUCUCAGAUCGCACUCAAUUCUGAUGCAAACGAAGCCAAAGAUGGGGACCGGCCGGCCUGGGAUUCCAAGAUCCAGUAUGUGUUGGCUCAGGUGGGCUUCAGUGUGGGCUUGGGGAACGUGUGGAGGUUUCCAUACCUUUGCCACCAGAAUGGAGGAGGGGCCUUCAUGCUGUUGUAUGUUUUUCUUCUGGUGGUGGUUGGCGUUCCCCUCUUCUUCAUGGAAUUGGCCGCUGGCCAGAGCAUUCGGCAGGGCAGCAUUGGCGUCUGGAAACAUAUUUCCCCAAAACUGGCCGGUAUCGGCUAUUCUAGCUGCUUGGUUUGUUUUUAUGUGGCUCUGUACUACAAUGUGAUUAUUGCAUGGAGCCUUUUCUACAUGGGCAACUCCUUCCAGUAUCCUCUGCCAUGGGAGAACUGUCCCAUUGAUGUGGCCACCAAUGACACAGUGAGAGAAUGUGCACAAAGUUCUGCAACAUCGUAUUUCUGGUUUCGGAAAGCUCUGAACAUCUCUAAUUCCAUUGAGGAGUCAGGAGAGUUUAAUUCCAUCAUGACGGGCUGCUUAUUGGCUGCAUGGACUAUUGUCUGCUUGGCGAUGAUUAAGGGUAUCAAGUCGUCUGCAAAGGUGAUGUACUUCUCCUCAGUCUUUCCCUAUGUGGUGCUCUUCAUUUUCCUCAUCAGAGGCUUGACGUUGGAUGGAGCAAAAGAAGGAAUCACGUAUAUGUUUUAUCCCAGACUUGAGAUUUGGGGGAACAUGCAGGUGUGGCGGCAGGCGGCCACUCAAGUGUUUUUUGCCCUGGGACUGGGAUACGGUUCUGUCAUCGCGUAUUCUUCCUACAAUCCGGUCCAAAACAACUGUCACAGGGACGCUCUUCUGGUCUCGGGCAUCAACUUCAUGACGUCUGUCCUGGCCUCGCUUGUUGUUUUUGUCAUCCUGGGUUUCCGGGCCAAAAACAUUGCAAAGGGCUGCGUGGCUGAAAAUGUUCGCCUUCUAAGCAACGUGUGGAUCCAGGAACAGGACCAUCAUUGGUGGCCAAGUUUCAACAUGACCGGGCCAACCUCCGUGUCUGUGUCGGACUACAGAGAGUGGUACAGGCGCUAUGGUGCCACGCUGCGUCUCAACAUCACCGACUGCAAUCUGGAGGAGGAGAUGAACAAAGGAGUGGAAGGGACAGGACUGGCUUUCAUAGCGUUCACUGAGGUGAUGGCUCUCUUCCCAGCCAGCCCCUUCUGGUCCACUCUCUUUUUCCUCAUGCUGCUCAACCUGGGCAUGAGCACCAUGUUUGGGACCAUGCAGGGAAUACUCACACCUCUCAUGGACAAUUUUAAGAUGCUAGGACGCCACCGCACCUUACUCACUGUGUGCAGCUGUGCUUUGGGCUUCCUGCUAGGACUUCUGUUCACUCAGCGCUCAGGCAACUACUUUGUGGCCAUGUUUGACGACUACUCGGCCACACUGCCCUUAGUCAUUGUUGUCAUCUUUGAAACCAUCAGUGUCUCCUGGGUUUACGGUACUGAUCGCUUCCUGGAUGAUAUUGAAGACAUGCUCAAAUGGCGUCCCCCCGUGGUGUACAAGUAUCUUUGGAAAUAUGUGUGCUUGCUGGCCAUGAUAGGACUCCUGGCUGCAAGUUUGUUAAGAAUGGUCCUUAAAGGGCCCACCUACACCGCCUGGAAUGAAAGCACGGCCUCUGAGAUGACUUUGGAGUAUCCCGGUUGGUCUCUGGUAAUGAUCGUCUUACUCAUAGUCUUUGCCAGCCUGCCAGUACCCGUCAGUUACGUCCAUUCAACACUGCAGCACCGCAGGCUGCUUAACACCGACUCCAUGGAGGGCGCGGGCAAAGAGGUCAACCGCCACUUGUACACCAAGUGCAGCUCUGUCGAACAGCUGGAUUUCAACUCCCAACAAGCUACCACCGAGGAAGAAGGCGUCCGUCCCAGGACGACCUUCCUUCCGGUGGGCAGCGAACACUACCGCCUCUUGCCCCAGAAAGAGGACCUCGACGAAGAGGACCAGGACACGGGGGUGUGAGGGUGUGGUUGCCCAUCAGGGUGGAGGUUGUUUGCAAAGUGUUUCAAGUGUAGGUCCUCGGCGUGUGAAUAAGCAAGACCGUGCGGGAGAAAUGGGAAAAUGGAGGACAGCAUUAGUCAAAAUAGUUGUUUAGCUCAGGAAGCUACAUUAUUAGCAAGCCAACGCUAGUUUCUUCAAUAAAUACAGGGAACCCCCUGUAUUUGCAGCGGGACAAGGACCGAACCCUGCUGCAAAUAGUGAAAAUCAGCGAGUAAAGGGCGACCCCCUAAAAAGGUUUGUAAUUGCCUAUAGAUGCCAUAAAAUAGCAGCAAAGGACUACUUUUUUAAAUGAAGAUCCUCAAAGCAAUGCUGUUAUUGCUUUGGCCUUAAUACAAAAACAGAGGAUACAAUAGGUGAGUUUUUCAGCAAAUAAUGGCGGAUAGGUUCCCCCCCCCAAAAAAAAUAAAAAAAUCAGCAAAUUUACAAAUGCUGAACUGCGAAUGUCAGGGAGUUCGCUUCAUAACACUUUUUAGGCAUAGCCACCAAAGGACACAGUGUGUUUCAAAUGAGCAUGAAGUGUCACAGGAGCCAGUCAAAAGGACAGCUGUUAUGUAGAUGAGUGUUUCCCAACCUUUACUGAGCCAAGGCACAUAUUUUGCAUGGGAAAAACCUCACGGUCCACAUCCAAACAAAGCAUGUCACAAAAAGUAUGAAGACUGAUGUAAUGAUUGCGUUUCAAUUAAAUCAUAAGUUUACUUAGUGUUAAAUCUGGGCCUUUUUAGUUGUAUGAAUGGAAACUGUUGGCUAAACAUGUUAAUUGUACCAUCUGUCAUCCAGUGGAAGAGCAGUUACCGUAAUGGUUCUGCCUAUCACGAUAAGUCACGGGCAUAGAUAGAAGAACAAAGAAAUUGUCAUUCUUGGUCCAAUUAAGUUGAAUUGGAUCAUUUCCUGUGGCACACCUGAUGAUUUCUCACGGCACACAAAUGUGCCGCAGUGCAGUAGUUGAGAAUGACUGUUACAUUCAUAAAUAGAUUAUUAGGCCGGGGAGCGGGGGGACAUUAUGACGACUUCUUUUGGCUUCCAUGAGCAUUUCCUCCAUGUUUGCAUGCGAGUGUGUUUGUGAGGAUAAGAGACGUAUAGUAAGUGACACUUUCAAGAAAGUUAAUGACUAUUUGAUGGAUCCUCGUGUGUAAGUUUUAGUUAACGUUUUAAGUUUGGUAGGAUUCAGUUCUGGAUAAUGUCAGUGAAGAUCCUCACAAAGAAUAUGCAUGUGACAAUUUAUAGAUGUAUUAACUGUACUGCAAACAGGAAUAUAUUUGUCAGGAUAUUUGUUGCAUUUUCACUAUUAUGUUGAUUCUGCCUAUUGUAUAGAUUUGAUUAAACAUCAACAAAUCUUCAUGGCAGAAACUUACUUACUGGUCUACUGGAAUCGAAGUGAUCAUGUGUAAUCGAUUUACUGUUUUUUGUGACAACGUUUUUAGUUUUACAAAUGGCGAUCUGUACUUUAGACCUUACCUUGGUAAGUAACUUGGGUUACUUUAUUCGACAUCCAUGACUGGCGACACAAUGAUGGACUGAUCGAUUGAGAUCAUGGGUCCUUAAAAAGCGGAGGUGGGGGGGGGAACAGAAACAGGAGCGACAUGGAGGAACGUGAAUCCGGGAGCAUUAACGAUGACAACAGAAAACAUAACGCACCUUCUUUUUGUUGUGUGUUUUCGUUGUUGUCGGCCACAAGAAUGAUUGGUGGCGAAUGCGUUUUGUUUUGUGCCAGCUUAAAAACCACCAUUCUCGAAUCUGGACAAACAUAUACAGGUAUUAUCAUUAGUUAAUUUAGCAUUUUAUUGUUUUGUUUUUCUUAUUCAGGACCUGUUGGCAAUACAGUCCUGAUUAUCCUGUCAGAAUUCAGCUUGUGGCAAACCUGUGCCCAGUGUUUUUGUAUUGUCGAGUAACAGUAAAAAAAAAAAAAAACUGUAAACAGUAAAAACUCAUUAAAACUCAUUUUUACUUUUUUACU